ACACCUCCUAUCCGAUAGGUGGCAAUCACACAUUCUGAGCAAAGACAUUUGUCUGCCGUUUAAAUGAUCUUUUGUUUUGAUAAAAUUCCAGUGAACGCAUCGCCUGCUUUAAAAAAGACAAAAUGUACGACAGGUACCAGUACACUCAGCAGCACCGAGACGAACAGUAUGUGAUGCAGUAUCACAACAUGACCAAUUUCAUCGAAGAUUCCGAAACUGAGAAUGUCUUAUCCGACCCUUCAGUCCACUGGGAACCGCCCCCUUACCAGGAAUCGUCUUACCAGAACUACCCAGCAGGCCCAAAUCACUACCAAGAGCAGAUGUAUCAAUAUAAUGAUUGGGAGCAGCAGCAAGAUUUUAAUAUCCAGUCUGAGCCUGUAGCUCCACCCCAAGCCUCUACUCCAGUUAAGAAAAAAAGGGGUCGCCCUUCGAAGGCUGAGAAAAGUGCAAUGCCAGGAGAGGAGGAGGAAGAUCAGGCUGAGGCAGCCAAGAAGGCCAAAAGGAUUCUCAACCGCUUCAAUGGCAUGUCAGUGGCUGAGGUCAUGGCCAAAACCCUGCCAGAUGUCAUUACCUACAGUCUGGAUAUUUUAAUUAUUGGAAUUAAUCCAGGACUAAUGUCAGCCUACAAAGGACACCAUUACCCAAACCCAGGAAACCAUUUCUGGAAAUGUAUCUUUCUUUCUGGUCUGACUGACCAGCAGCUGAGCUACAUGCAUGAUCAGAGCCUGCCAGAGAAAUACGGCAUCGGCUUCACAAACAUGGUAGAGAGGACCACACCCGGUAGCAAAGACCUUUCUAACAAGGAGAUUCGUGAAGGAGGCAGGCAGUUACUAGAAAAGCUGCAGCUGUAUAAGCCAUUAAUUGCUGCAUUUAAUGGCAAAGGUAUUUAUGAAAUAUUUUGUAAAGAAACAUUUGGUGUCAAGGCAAAGAAUCUGGAGUUUGGUCUGCAGCCCUACAAAAUCCCAGAGACUGAAACAGUGUGUUUUUUAAUGCCUUCCUCAAGUCCCCGCUGUGCUCAGUUUCCCCGUGCACAGGAUAAGGUGCAUUUUUACAUCAAACUGAAAGAACUCAGAGACCAGAUCAAAGGCCUUGUACCAGGUCGUGACGUGUUGGAGACAAACUACUCCUUCGAUCUCCAGUUAGCUAAAGAGGAUGCUAAGAGGAUGGCAAUCAAAGAGGAGCAGGUGGAUCCAGAAUAUGAAAGCUGUAGUGGUCUGCAUGAAGAUGUGAGGCACAGUAGCAACGCUUCCAACUGAAGUGACAGAAGUUGAGAAUAACCAGACCAUCUUUUAUGGCACAAAGGAACCAGUAGCUGGAUGAGGUGGUUCCACAGAGAGCAGCUGAACUGACCUAAAAGUGAGAAUGAGAAACAUAGUGAUGAAGAAAAGAGGAGCCGCACGUGACGCACAAAAAAAAGCAACCGACUGUAAAGAGUGUGUGCAUGUUUUUUUAAUCAAUAUUUAUUGAAUAUACUGUAUGUGGUACUUGUGUUCAUUGGCUUAUUUUUGUAUGUCGAAAGUUUACAUUUGUUUUUUAAUAAGCAGUUGUAUAACUGGAUUUGUAAUAUUGAAUAUGUAAUGUGUUAUUAAAUUUCCUUUAAGCUGUA